AUGCACUCUGAAGGGCUUGAGGGUCCCAAAGACAAUGCAAUGCCAUUGUGGAUAUUUGCUGGGGGAAUUGACAAGGCAUUGGACGAGGCCGAGGCGGUACCCACGCCAAGCGACAAUCAUGUGCAAAGAAAACAAGUCUUGGGAGUUGGGUACGAUGGAUCCCGGCAAAAAUCAACGCUAGCCGGGGUGAUUGAUAGCCGACCUAACCACAUUCGGCCAAAUGCAUUCGAGAAAGGAUACCUUAGGACAGUAAAUCUGGACUUUGACGCCCGUGUCCCCAUCCCCUUCAGUGUCUUCCCGUCGUCGUACCGGAGUGACGCUGUCUCUGAGACUACUCACACAAGAGUAGAAGGAGAGGUCAAUUUAACUGGUGCUUCGCGCGUCGAACGGGAAGAUACUGGAUACGAAGGCCAACUCCCACCUCGCACUCAUCAAGACGUCGAUAUCCAUAUCCACUCUGAUCGACGUUACCACGAGGAAUACCCAAGAACCCGCUAUCCCGAAGUAGAACUCUCAAGAGAACGGCAAGUAGUAAUAUCUCCAAUGGCAGUACUCGAUAUCACUGAACGUGAGUAUCGUCAACGCACCGAUCCCAAUUACCAAGUCGAAUACGCACCACGCCCUACCGUAGUUCGUGAGGUCGACCCGUCUUUCAACAACCGCCAGUUCGAGCAGAUCGAUACCAGCGGAGCCCCCAGCCACAUUAGUGAAGUCAACUACGCUUCCAAAAGCAGCGAACGAAUUUACAGAGACGUCAACGUAGACCGACGCACAGUCAUCGAAGAAUCGCCCCGCAAAAUGGGUUACUACGACGACGACGGCAACUACCACUCUUUCCGCCGUGGCGUUGAACGGGCGGCCGACCGUAUCCUCCACGGCGGUCACCACCAUGACAGGAAGGAUGAGGUCGUCAUGAGCGACGAGCGCGGCCCCACCCGUGUCCGUGAUGGCGUCCGCGAGUCUGUCAGAGUCGUGCAACCCCGUGGCGGACACCCGCCCGAGACAAUCACCAUCCCAUGCCACUUCAUCCGCGUUGGUGAUCUGUUGAUUCUCCAGGGUCGCCCAUGCCAGGUCAUCCGCGUCUCCGUUUCUCCCCAGACCGGCCAGCACCGCUACCUCGGUGUUGACCUAUUCACCCGCCAGCUUCAUGAGGAGUCUAGCUUCAUCUCGCACCCCACUUCCUCCGUCGUUGUCCAGAGCAUGCUCGGUCCCGUUUACAAGACCUACCGCAUCCUGGAUAUCCGUGAGGAUGGCCGCAUCGUCGCAAUGACUGAGACCGGUGACGUCAAGCAGGGGCUCCCCGUUGUUGACCAAGGUAACCUCUUCAACCGCAUCAGCGAUGCCUUCAGCGAUGGCCGCGGCAGCAUUCGUGCUCUCGUCAUCAACGACGGUGGUCGCGAGUUGGUUGUCGACUACAAGGUUAUCCACGGUUCCCGUCUGUAG